CGUCACAACAACGCGGCUUUGUGUUCUCAUUCCCGCUAAAAACAUCUUUUGCAAACCAUCAUCUUGAUCUUGUACAACAACAAAUAUAAACAUUUUGUUGAAUAAAAACCAUAUUUUUCUUAACAAAAACAAUAUAAAAUGAUACAAAAAAUGUGAAGACAAAGAAAUAAAAUGAAUUAGAUUUUGACAAAUGUCCAAUUAAUUGAAAAAAGAAAACCGAUCUGACAUACAGUGAAUUUGUGAAAAACCACAUAAGAGAAACAAACCCAAAAACUCAUUGGUCCCCAGGAGAAAAUAAUGUUCGUUCAAGAUCUUAGAGAAUUUUAUAGUCGCCUAAUUGGCAAAAGGAUUUUGAUAAUUGUCAACUAUGACAUUGAUGCUAUAUGUGCCAGUAAAAUUCUGCAGUCCCUUUUCAAAUAUGACCAUAUGCUCUAUUCGGUGGUGCCCAUAAUGGGUUUGGCUGGCCUGCAGAGGGCCUACAACGAACACCAGGGCGAUGUUAAAUUUGUGUUGUUAUUAAACUGUGGAGGAUGUGUUGACAUUGUGGAGCUGCUGCAGCCCGAAGAAGAUGUAACAUUCUUUAUCUGUGAUUCGCAUCGUCCCUUGGAUGUGUGUAAUAUAUACAGUGAUCGCCAGGUAUGCAUUUUGGGUGAUCCAUCCGCCGAAGAAAACAUACCACCAUUUGAAUCAAUUUUCUGUGAAUCCGAAGAUGAGGACGAAGAAGAUGACGAUGAAGACGAAGAUGAAAUCAAUGAUAGUGGUGCGGGAGAAUCUGAUGCUGAAAACGAAGACGGCAACAAUCGUGCCGAACGUCCUAAGAAACUUAGCCGUAUGGAAAAACAUGAACAGCGCAUAUUAAAACAACGCCAACGCCGUGCCUGGGAAAAUGAACGUGAUCGCAUAAUGUUUGAAUAUACCCAAUACAGUUUCUAUGGUCGUUCAUCGGCCUUGGCCAUAUUCGAAUUGGCUUGGAAACUGUCCAAAGACAACAUGGACUUACUGUGGUGGGCCAUUGUUGGCAUAACCGAACAAUUGAUAUUGGGAAAAAUUGAAAGUAGUGCCUAUACGCUGGAAAUAGACAACAUACAGUCACAUGUUUCGCGUUUAACCAACAAAGUCAAUGAUCAAAGCAAUAUGAGCGCCUCGAAAAUAAACUUUGAGAAUGAUUUGCAUUUGGUUUUGUAUCGUCAUUGGAGUGUUACGGAAUCGAUGCGUUAUUCAAUGUAUGUGGCUUGCAAGCUUAAAUUGUGGACAUUGAAGGGAGAAAAGAAAUUGCACGAAUUGUUGGUUGAAAUGGGCUUACCGUUGAUACAUGCCCGACAAACAUUUAGUUCCAUGGAUUUGGUAUUACGACAAGAAUUCUACUCCAUGGUGGAUGGGUUGGCAGAAAAAUAUGGCAUACCAGAUGUUAUUUAUGGCUCAUUUACCCUACAUUAUGGUUAUCGUAAUCGUUAUUCGGCAGCCGAUUAUGUGUAUGCUUUGUUGUCUAUAUUGGAGUCCGUGAAAAAGGAUAAGACACCAGAAGACUGUUUUCUAGAGGCCCUGGACGGCUUGGGUCGCAAUCACAAGGAUAUUCUGAAUGCUGGCAUUGAGGGUUCCAAGCAGUUGCAUCAAGCCAUAUUUAAACAAGUACAAAGUAGUUUAGAGGCGCAUCAAGUCCAUUCGACAGGAUCAUUUUUCUAUUACAUACUCAACGAGGAAAAUACAUUCUUCUCCUAUCCCUAUGGUUUGUCAAUGCUGGCCAAAUUUCUCUUGCAUGGUCAUGUGGCUGUGUCACGUAGUCGCCAGGCCCCCGACUUACCCCUGAUAGCCAGCUGUCCCAUUGAUGCAGAACAUGGUCUGUGCCUAUUGGUUGGUAUACCACCGGUACGAGAGGAUUCACCAAAGAAUUUCUUUGGCAAGGCAUUUGAACAGGCGGCCCAGAAAUGUAAUGCCGCCAUUUUACAGGAUCAUUUUGAAUCGUCCCUCAUACAGAUAAGGCAAAACGAUUUAACAAGAUUUCUAGAUGCGUUGACCGUGCUGCUAACAUAGUUUCGAAUUAAGUUUGCUAUAUUUUUUUAGUCGAUGAUUAAGGAUAGGAUAUAAUUAUGUUAUUGUUUUUGGCUUGAGCUUCUAAACCUAGUUGUUAGAUAUUUAUGUAUUCCAUUUUCUUCAUGUGUCUUAAGCAAAAAUUUACAUAGACUUAACAAUAAUUAAUAUUUAAAUAUAAUUUAAGUGUUGGUCUGUUAUAUAUCAAUGUGUUAGGACUCUGAAACUAUUACUCUUUUUUAGGUUUACAAAAACAAAAUUAAAAAAAGAUUUGAAUAAUUUUAGUUUAAACGAAUUGUACUACGAUCAGACAGACAGACACAUGCUAUAUUAAAAAAAAGAUAAAUUGUUCAAAUAUUUAGGACUCCAAUUUACAAAAGAAAAAAUACAAAAUAUAACAAAUUAGGGUUUAAGUUUUAUUAAUGUUAAAAAAAAAACAAAAUAUUAUUUUCACACAUCAACAAAAUACACCAAAACACAUGUUUACAAAUAUCAUUAUCUCAUCAGAA